UAAAUAGUGAUGUUGUGUAAUAGUAAUUUUAAUUAAUAUAAAAAUUAAAAUUAAUAAUUUUAUUGGGAUUUUGAAAUUAUUAUAUGAAAGGAAAACUAUAGAAACUUAUAGAGGAAAUUUUAUGAAUUUCGGUGAAAAAUAUAUACAUAUAGUUAAAUUUAUACAGAAAAAAAAUUCAGUGUAAAAGAAAAAAAAAGUUAGGGUAACAUAAAUGAAAUUUUGAAUAGUUUUUUUUGUUUUUGUAAAAGGUGAAUGUUUGAAUAGUUUAAAAGAAUGAAAACUAUAGUUUUCAGUGAUAAUAUUAUAAUUUUGUUUUUACCAAAAAAAAAAAUUUACUCCCUCUAUUUUUUUAAUGUUACAUAUUUUAGAUUUUUCACACAUUUUAGUAAAAUACAUUAAAUUUACAUAUUUUUGUGUUUAUCUUUGUUUCAUAAUUUUAAACCAAUAACAAUUCAGUAAAUGCAAUUAAGUUUUUUGAAAUUUGCAAUUAGUUAAUAAAACAUUUCUUGGAAAUGUAAAAAAUCGAUUUUUUAAAGUAAUUUUUUUUUCUAGAAUAUGUAAUAUUAAGAAAGAGAGGGAGCAUCAUUUUGCUUAUGAGUAUCUAGUAUCUUCAAAUCUGGAGCCCUAGAAUUUUCGAAUAUGAGUGAGGCCUGAGGCUAAUGCCACUCAAAACUUAUACCUUUUUCUAUUUCUUGUUCUGUCUUUAGGUUUUAGAUCUUUCUCCCUUUUUCCUGUGCAAAGAUCUUUCUCCUUAAAGAUACGAUACUUUUUUUUUUUUUUUAAGAUACGAUACUUGCCAAGAUAAUUUGGAUUCUUUCUGUUUUCUCCAAAUUUAUUAACGCUAUUUUCAGAAAAUGCAGAUGUAUAUUCCUUUGUUUUGUUUAUAUAAUUAUAGAAACUCAGAUUUUCGUGUAUACAUUUCGAGUAAGAAAUCUUUCGUGUAUGUUGAAGAUUCUUGUUCUCUCUUUCCUUUUCACAUGAAACAAGUGAGUACUUCCCUGCCUAUAUAUAAAGCAUUCACAACGUGAAGUUUCUCUAAAGACCUGAGAAAAUAAAAAGAUGGUCGACUCAAAACUCGUUCUUUUGGCUUUCGUAGCUGUGUCUCUUUUCCUCUCCGGUUAGUAUUUCGUAAAACUCCAUCUCGAACCAUUUUUUACAAAUACAUCCAUUUUUACAAAGCCAUCUUUCUGAUAACAUUUUUCAUCAACAAGAGAAAUUUAUAAUUUGGUUUUAAAGGAACUAUAUGUGUAUGUGUUUUUGGUAGGUGCUGAAUCAAGAGAGAUUAUGUGGCGUGGCUUAUGUUGCAUUAAUCAGCAACAAUUUGGAGCAUGUGAUACAAAACAAGACAAUGAUAGAUGUGAAAAUUCUGUGCCUUCAUGGUUGUAGUAAGCACAACAAAGGUGGCGGCUGUCAAGCUGUCCCUACUGGUUCUGUUUGUUCAUGUUAUUGUUAAACUACUAUCAUGCAAUAAUGUAAUAUUACGCUCUUAUUUAUUUGAUUAUUGAUUAAUCAAACGUCUUCCUUUAUUAUGCUCUAUUUGUUCAUGUUACUGAGUGGAGAGCAUAGUUUCCCAAAUUCACACACGCAUAUAUCUAACUAAUCAUUAAGCAUGCCCAUAAAAAUUGUUGAUGUGUCACGAUUGACAAUAACCAGCUCUGUAGAUGCAUGGCACGUAUAAAAUCUUAGCAUUGAUGUUUGUAUCGAUAUGCCACAAACUCGGCAACUUCUCAGCCUAUAACCAGUUUUUAAGGCCUAAAGGACAAAAAAACUUGUUUAUAGUUCGCGUCACUGUAAUUUGUUGUUUAGCAGCCUUAUUUGGUCAUUUCAGUGAGAAUGCUUCAACCAGCAACCAACAAACAACUUUGGAAAGAUAAGUAGAUUCAGAACGCCCAAACACCACCAGGUCAAAUUCCUGACUCGAUACCUAUUUCCAAAUUAGACUUUUCUUUGCACAGAGUUGACUUUCAUUCCUUUUUGGGGGUCAAUAACUGACUUUUUCAAAAUAUUACGUCAAUAUAACAUACAAAUCAAACUUCAAGCCAAUAGUAUACUGACACAUAAGUAGUUAGAACUUUCUAGCUCCCACGUGCCAAGAAAAUAACAAGCUUUUAUUUAGAAAUUUUCCAAAAGAAGAAAUAGACCAAAACAAUUCACUUUCCUUGUCCUCCUUCCUCUUCUUUUCUCCACAGUUUGAAGUUUCUAAAUAGAGUUAGCUCUCACAGCCGCUUGAUGACCACAUCCGAAGCAUGCGGUUUCCACGUGACCACCACGAGGAAGGAGAUCGUUGCACCGGCCUCUUCUCCUCUUCUUCCCUUGCCGGAAAACAGGAUCAUCAGUCUUUCCAAUCUCGACCUUCUUCUCCCUCCUGUCGACAUCAACGUUUGCUUCUUCUACAAGAAACCACUUUAUAACACUACAAAUGAUGUCCUCAAGACUUCAUUGGCGGAGGCUCUCGUCUCUUACUACGUCCUUGCCGGCGAGGUUGUGGCCAAUCCAAUCACCGGAGAGCCCGAGAUUCUGUGCAACAACAGCGGCGUUGAAGUGGUAGAAGCCGCUGCUGACGUAGAGCUCCGAGAGCUUAACUUGCAUGAUCCUUACCAAAGUAUUGGCAAGUUUGUUCCCUUGAAAGUGCAUGAAGUCUUUGCUAUUCAGCUUACUGAACUGAGAUGCGGGAGCCUAGUCGUGGGAUGCACGUUUGAUCACCGUAUAGCUGAUGCAUAUUCAAUGAAUAUGUUCCUCUUAUCAUGGGCCGAGACCUCUCGAUCCGAUGUUCCAACCUCUUAUAUGCCAUCGUUCAACAGAUCUCUCCUAAACCCACGACGACCCUUAAUCAUCGACACAUCAGUAGACCAAAUGUACAUGCCUGUAACCUCGUUGCCCCUUCCACAAGAAACCACCAACCUGGACAAUAUCCUCACAAGCCGUAUCUAUUACAUCAAAGCAGAAGCCGUACAAGAACUCCAAACUCAGGCUGGCAGGACGAAACUCGAGUCCUUCAGCGCCUUCUUGUGGAAACUCGUGGCUAAACACGCCGCAACAACAACAGAUUCAAAACUCUUGAACUCUAAACUCGGCAUAGUUGUUGACGGAAGGAAGAAACUUACGGAGCAAGAAACCAGUACUUACUUCGGGAACGUCCUCUCUGUCCCAUUCGGUGAGCAAAUAAUCGAUGACUUGACCCACAAGCCAUUGUCUUGGGUUGCUGAUGAAGUUCACAAGGUGUUGGAGAGUUCAGUGACCAAAGACCAUUUCUUGAAUUUGAUUGAUUGGAUCGAGACUCGACGUCCGGUACCGGUUCUAUCAAGGAUAUACGGAGCAGGAUCCGAAGAUGGACCAGCUUUCGUGGUUUCCUCAGGGAAGAGUUUUCCGGUGACCCGGAUUGAUUUCGGGUGGGGCUCGCCGGUUUUUGGAUCGUACCAUCUCCCAUUAGGAAGCAGAACUGGAUACGUGAUGACAAUGCCGAGUCCGGUGGUGGAUAACAGCGCUGGAGAUUGGAUAGUUUACUUACAUCUUGAGAAAGGACAGUUGAAAUUUAUCGAACAAGAGGCUCCUCAUGUGUUUAAGCCAGUAGACAAUGAUUAUCUCAAGAUUUGAUCAUUUGAAUUGAAGCCAUACUAAUAUGUUUCUUGGGUUGUCAAGUUUUUGUAUAUUAUCCAAACGUAAUAUUGUUAAAUACAUUUCAUUCUUAAGCUCGUUUUUUAAUAUAAAACUUACUGUGACGAAUUAAACUAUGUUUCAUUAUGAGUUCAAUCAAAUAAUUCUGUUUUGUGACC